AUGAACCGACGGCGGUCAGUGAAAUCUGUCGCCUCCACGACCAGCGGCAGCAGCAGCACUACCCAGACAGAGAGCAGGCGCCGGAUUCGCAUGGAAAUAAACACCGAGGAACCCCCUCUCUACUCCAUCGACCUCUCACUCCCUCCGCAGUCACGGUAUACCACCAUUUGCAACGACUUCAAACAUGAGAUCUCCGAAAUGACGGGGAUAUACGACGAUAUCUUGGAUUCCACGCCUUACCCUCGUCUUUUGGGGUUCCUGGCCACGUUACUUCUCAGACGGGUGCACUCGCACGAGGAAACGGCGGAGAUUCGUGGCAUUGCACAGGCGACUGGGGUUCCGCUGAACCUCGUGGUUGCGUACAACACCUUUUUGGACCUCUUUUCGGGAUGCAUUAGUGGGGGUGUGAAGGCGAAAGAUGUGGGUGGGAUCGUCCAUUUUCGAGGUCUGGACUGGGGCAUGGACCCCCUGCGAGAUUUGAUCAUACGUGUUGAGUAUGUGCGAGAUGGGAAGGUAGUUGCCAGGGGCGUAACAUACGCGGGCUACGUGGGGUGUUUGACUGGCGUAAGAGAAGGUCUCUCAAUGUCACUCAACUACCGCGCGAACAUCAACUCAAAAUCUUCCAUCUUUUCGCAUCGCCAACAUCAGCUCAGUCUCCUUCUCGGCCGCACCCCAGCCAUUGCGAGCCACCUUCGCCAAAUUUUGCUGUCCCCAGGUCCUCCACCCACCUUGGACCAGCUGGCCAGCAAGUUUACUACGCUUCACGCUUCGACGAGCUACCUGACCUUCUGUACCCCCAGAGCGGUCCUAGUCAUCGAGAAAGACUUAAAGACAGCCACCAUCCACACCUCUGAUAAGUUUCUCGCUGUCACGAACCACGACGCGUCUAUGGAAUCUUGGGACCCCGAGCAGUGGGCCCAGGUCCCAGAACUCGCCUGCGCCAGGGAUAUAGUGAAUGAUAGCAUUCAGCGGAAGGAGUGCGUUGCGAAUUUGUUCCAAAGACAACGGGCUGUGCGCGUUACGGUUGAUACAGUGCGACAGUGGCUGCGCACAUACCCUUUGCGGAACGAGAUGACACAUUUCUCGUGUAUCAUGGAUCCAUCGGCGGAAGGUGGGGGCUUGCUUUGGGUGGAGGCAUGUGAGGAGAGUUGA